AUAAUUUUAUUUUAUUUUUCUUUAAUUUUAUGCUAGUGAGUUGUGAGGUUGUUGGACCAUCAGUUCACAACGACCAUUUUUGGGUUUACAACUAACUAGCUAGUAAACAAUGAGAUUAAAACAUUAGUAGUUAUGUAGUAAAAAGGUGGUCAUGGAUCGUUGCCCCCCCAAUUCCUUUCAAUAGAAAGAUAAAAAAAAAAUUACCGACUAGCUUUUCUUCUAAUGAUAUUUAGUAUAUAUCAGUAAAACAAUUUAUAAUUAAACAAAAACAGGUCGAUUACUGUGCUUACCAAUAGUUAAGACUACUAAAGCAAGAAGAGAGAGAGAAUAUUACAUGCUAAUAUGCUAUAAAUAUAUAUCUAGGGUUAGGGCUUGGUCAUUACCACCACAUAACCAUAAGCUCUUGUUUCCUUUCUUUCUCUCUCUCUUUAUCACUCUCUAACUCACCUCCACCAACUUCUAAUUUGCCAUCUUUUGAUUCUGAGUCAAAAAACCAGUGAGGAAAUUUCAGCAUAGUUUCAAGGGGGUUUGGGGAAAUCAAGAGACGUAAUAAAAUCGAGAUCUGAAACAGGGACGAAUUAAUCAGAAACUUAAAUGAGGAAGCGGCAAGUAGUUUUGAGAAGAACAGAACAAGCUUCAGCAGCUUCAUCUUUCACCGUCGUGAGAUAUGGAGAGUGCCAGAAGAACCAUGCUGCUGGGGUCGGAGGCUACGCUGUUGACGGAUGCAGAGAGUUCAUGGCAAGUAAUGGAGAGGAGGGAACAACUGCUGCACUCACCUGUGCUGCUUGUGGCUGCCACAGGAACUUCCACAGACGAGAAGUCGAGACCGUCUGCGAGUGCUCUUCGCCUUCUUCAAAUGGUGCCUAAUUAAAAUAAUUAAGCAGCUAAUUUAUGUAUAUGUAAUUAUUUUAUUAAGUGUGUGGUUUGAGAGAUAUUGCUGUUUUAGUUAUUUCUGGGUUGAGAGAUGAGAGAAAUAUAUGGCUGGACAGUCUAUUAUAUAUGUAUGGAUGGAAGGUGAAAAGGGUAUGUUGUAUUUUCCUAGUUAAUUUAAGUGUUUGCAGAUUAAAAGAAAACAACGGCUAGCAGUUAUAUGGUGUAUGUGCAUUACAUGGUGAUGAAGCAGUGAAAAAAAAGGUAUGUGAAAUUAAUUAAUAUCCCUCAAA